CACUGCCCAGAGGGAGCCAUGGCUGCAGAGAGCCCCUUGGAAAGUCUCCAGAAUGAAGCUGCUUGUCCCAUCUGUCGGGAGCUUUUUAAAGACCCAGUGGUUAUAGGCUGUGGGCACAGCUUCUGCCGAGUCUGCAUCACCCAGUGCUGGGAAGGAUCCAAUACGAAUUUCACCUGCCCCCAGUGCAGAGAAACAGUUCAGCAGAGAAACCUCAGGCCCAACAGGCAGCUGGCAACUGUCCUAGAAAUAGCCAAAGGGCUGAGUUUCCAGGCAGCAAAGGGAGCAGGAGGGGAGAGGAUGUGUGGGGAGCACCAGGAGCCUCUCAAGCUGUUCUGCGAGGAGGAUCAAACUCCCAUCUGCGUGGUGUGUGACAGAUCCCGGGCUCACAGAGCUCACACAGUCAUUCCCAUAGAGGAGGCUGCACAGGUGUGCAAGGAAAAGAUUCAGGCCCAUUUAUCGACUCUGCGGGAAGAGAGAGAAAAGCUGCUGGGAUUUCAAGUGACUGGAGAGGGGAAAACCCAGGAAUAUCUGAUCCAGACACAAGCCGAGAGGCAGAAGAUUAUGUCUGAAUUUCAGCAACUGCGGCAGUUCCUGGAGGAACAAGAGCGACUCCUGCUGGCCCAGCUGGAGAAGCUGGACAGAAAGGUUGUAAAGAUACAGAAUGACAAUGCCAGCAAACUCUCUGAGGAGAUUUCCCGUCUCAGUGAGCUGAUCAGUGAGCUGGAGGGGAAGUAUCAGAAGCCAGCGAGUGAAUUCCUGCAGGACUUCAGAAGCACCUUGAGCAGGUGUGAGGCGAGGAAAUUCCAGCAGCCAGUGGAGAUUUCUCCGGAGCUAGAGAAGAGACUCAGUGAUUUCUCCCAAGAAAAUAUUGUUUUAAUGGAGACACUGAGGGAAUUCAAAGACACUCUGCUAUCUGAACCGGAGACAGGCGCACACAGACAGGUGACGGUGACUCUGGAUCCAGACACGGCUCAUCCCCAGCUCGUCGUGUCUGAGGAUCAGAAAAGUGUGAGCUGGGGACACACCCCGCGGUACCUGCCCGAUGAUCCUGAGCGAUUUGACACUGAGCUCUGUGUGCUGGGCUGUGAGGGAUUCACCUCGGGGAGACAUUGCUGGGAGGUGGAGGUGGGGGAUGGGAAACGCUGGGCUGUGGGGGUGGCCAGAGAGUCUGUGAGGAGGAAAGGCUGGAUCAGUCAUAACCCUGAGGGGGGGAUCUGGGCUGUGCAGCUGUGGGGGCGUCAGUUCCAGGCUCUCACCUUCCCUGAGACCCCCCUGCCCCUGAGCCGGGUCCCCAGAAGGAUCCGGAUUUCUCUGGACUGUGAAUGGGGGCAGGUGGCUUUUUUUGAUGCUGAUAACGAGGCCCCGAUCUUCACUUUCCCGCCAGCCUCUUUCACCGGGCAGCGAAUCCGUCCCUGGUUCUGGGUCUGGACAGGAUCCCGGCUCAGACAGUGUUGCUGAGACAUGGGGGGGAUAUCGCCCUGGAGACCCUGAACUCAACCUCUCUAGUCUCACACCCCCUUGUCUUUGUGACAUUGAAAGUUUCCUGUCUUCCUUCAGGCUUUCUGCCAUGCAACCGCUAUGACCCUGGAGGCCCUGAUAGGUGUCUGACCUGUCAGAGUGUGGAAAACAGGGGGUGGCUUCUCCACCUCCUCCAGUCUCAUCGACCCCAGGCUUUUGCCGCUUGUGUGUCACUGUCCUCUAUGGCACAGGAGGACUCUGGGAAUUGUG